AUGAUCAUCACACAAAGUUGUAAACGAAUAAUAUUUAAAAGUAAUAUCCGCAGCAAACUAAAAAGAUACUCGAAACGAAAAUACAAAACAGAACGCGCGUUUGUUUUCAUCGUCAUGCCACCGCUCACGCGCGCGAAAACAAAGCAAACGAUCGCCUCGCUCGCGUCUCGCGCUUUAGCUCUGUUCCGCGCGAAACUCUGUUCCAUUUCGACGCGGAAAAAGAAACGACGAAAGAGGAAGAAAAAGCGAGAAAGAGAGCGAGAGACGCUCGGAGUCGUUUUGGACGCGUUUUCGAGCGAACGAACGUAUCGCGCGUUUACGACGCAGGCGGUGAGCGGUAAAAUAAUAAGCAGAAGGAAAUCGGAAAGAGAAUACGAAGCGAAGAAAGAAGAGGAAGGGAAAUCAGAGAGCGAGGAGGAUUUGUUGGACGAUUGGGUAAACGUGUUGAAAGAAGAAGAACAAGAACAAGAGGAGGAGGAGGAAGCGUUGGAAGUGGCGGUGGUGCACGUGUUGACGAGCGCGUACGCGAAGAUCACGCGACGAGAGGAAGAAGACGAUGAGAUCGUCACGACAGAGAGAGAAUUUUUCGAGGCGUUUAACGAGGCGUUGAAGAGAGGGAGCCAGGAAGACAAUGUCGCAAAUGAGUCGUUCGAGAAACAUUGGAAACGGUUGACGUUUGUUCGCAACGUCUGUAGCGCGACGGCGGCGAUGCAGCAUCGAGUGACGAGAAAGGCGGCGAAAGUGGUCUAUAAAAGUGUCUUCACGUGGUGUUUUCGAGUUUAG